CGCGCUACGUCACUUCCUGCCCCAAGAUGGCGGCGCCCUCGGCGGCACCGACUGAGGGCCCGUUCCGUACACGGGACGUGCUGGUGCCCGGCGGCCCGUCCGACUUCGGGUCGCUGCUGCUGUCGGCGCCGGUGCUGGCGGGGUUGGAGGCGGCCGGGUUCCACAGGCCGUCGCCGGUGCAGCUGAAGGCGAUCCCGCUGGGGCGCUGCGGGCUUGAUCUCAUCGUGCAGGCCAAGUCCGGCACUGGCAAAACCUGCGUGUUCUCCACCAUCGCCCUGGACGCGGUGUUGCUGGAGUGCCCGGCCACGCAGAUUCUGAUCUUGGCUCCUACGCGCGAGAUUGCUGUGCAGAUUCAUGCCGUGAUCACAACUAUUGGAAUCAAAAUGGAAGGCUUGGAAUGCCACGUCUUCAUUGGCGGGACUCCUUUGAACCAGGACAAAAUCAGACUAAAGAAGUGCCACAUAGCAGUUGGCUCCCCAGGUCGAAUAAAACAGCUCAUAGAGCUGGACUACUUGAACACAGCCAGUAUCCGGCUUUUCAUUCUGGAUGAAGCAGACAAGCUGUUGGAAGAAGGCAGCUUUCAGGAACAAAUCAAUUGGAUUUACUCUUCACUACCAGCCAACAAACAGAUGCUUGCUGUUUCAGCCACUUACCCGGAAUCAUUAGCGAACGCUUUGACCAGGUACAUGAGAGAUCCAACAUUUGUGAGGUUGAACCCUACUGACCCAAGUCUCAUUGGGCUGAAGCAGUAUUACAAAAUCGUGACUUCCCAUCCGCUUCCGCAUAAAACGUUUGAGGAAAAAACCCAGCAUCUACAGGACUUGUUCAGCAAGAUUCCAUUUAAUCAAGCCUUAGUCUUCUCAAAUUUGCAUAGCAGGGCUCAACAUCUGGCUGAAAUCCUGACGUCCAGAGGUUUUCCUGCCGAGUGCAUCUCAGGCAGCAUGAAUCAAAAUCAGCGUCUUGAUGCUAUGGCUAAAUUAAAGCAAUUCCACUGCAGAGUUCUGAUUUCCACAGACUUGACGUCUCGUGGAAUCGAUGCUGAGAAAGUGAAUCUGGUUAUCAACCUGGACGUCCCUGUGGACUGGGAGACGUACAUGCACCGCAUCGGCAGAGCCGGCCGCUUCGGAACUUUAGGCUUAGCUGUGACGUACUGCUGCCGCGGAGAGGAAGAAAACAUGAUGAUGAAAAUUGCUCAGAAGUGUAACCUUCAGCUCCUUCCUUUACCAGAGCCUAUACCCCCUGGAAUGAUGGAUCAGUUUGAAGAUGGGGAGGUAGAAAUCAAACCUGUUACGCAUACUUCAGUGAAUUCUGACACUGUAUGUCUGAGACCAGAGGAACCAGGACUGCAGUCUGUCCGAAACACUUUUCCAGAGGUACCUGAGCCUCAUUCUAAUCUUCCAGCUGAUAAUUCUUCUGUAGAAAGACCAAAAAAGGCUCUGAAGCAAAAGCAGAUGAAGAAGUGCACAGAUUCUGCAAAUAGAGCAAAAGGUUGCAGAAACCCCCAAACUUCCAGUUGCCACACAGAACAGAGGAGUCGAGUCAAAACUGUCUCUAGACUGGAUGGACAACAUAAAGAACAUAACACUCAGUCUCCAGAAGAGGAGGCCUUGAAAAAAGAUCUCCCCAGAAUUCCAUGCUUGUCUUCUUUCAAAAACCACCAGAACAAUCCCUGGAGCUUCUCGGACUUUGUUGAAGACUAUGAGUAUUUCAUUAAAGAAGGGUCGGAGAGAGAGGUUGAAAUUUUAAGAAGCUAUUCAGGCCCAGGAGAACAACACGAGCUCCCCAAAAAUGGUGGUGUAGAGUGGAAAGAGGUGGAAUGUAAUACCGAGAUGAUCGCAAGCGGUGGUGUGUCCAGUGACAAUGAUGGUUCGUACAGUUCCCGGGCUUCUUCCAAGAGCAGGGAGGAUAACUCGUGCUUUGAAAUGUUUUCGGAUACACAGGAGAAGAAUGCUGUUCCCACAGCAUGUCGGGGCCACGCAGACUUCAGUUCGACACCAGAGGAGCCUCAGGAGCCGUCACGAGUCCCAAAGCAAAAUCAAGCGAAAAAGAAAGUUGUGAAACAAAACGCUAAACAAAAGAAAAGCCGUUGCCGUCAGUCCCCUAGUCCUUCCACGAGAAAACCAGAAGAUGACUGUUCCUGCAGCUCGUGGGAUGACGGUGUUCCAAAUGAGGCUUGGAGUUACAAAAACUACUGGAAAUCAUAUUAUCAGGCAUGGCAAAACUACUACGCUGCGGUGUCUCAAUACAGGAGAAGUUACAGACAGUUUAACUGGGUGAACGCCUAUCACGUCAACUCAGUCUAUCUUCAGGAGCUGCUGAAAAGCGGGGAUUGAUGCGGUGACCCCGCUCUUAGGGACAGGCAGGUCGGGACAGAACUGCUGGUUUACAAGGACGUUGCCAAAAAACGUAAACAGACUUUAAGAUUGAAGAGAAAUGUUGUCUUUUUCUAAGGAGCUGUGUCGGCAUAAAUGUUCCAGUGCUGGUGUUACGAGUUGUUAAUAAAAGGAAAUGAAAGACA